GGUAUCAGAACAUCCGGAGGCCAGCGUCUGGGUGGGAAGGGCUGGCGAACCCUGGGCCUCCGGCCAGGCCUGCCCUGAAAGGAAGUUCUGGAGGGAAGGGGCCUGAGGCCAAGCCUGAGGUCAGUUAUCUGGAACUCUGGCCACGGGUGCCACGACCAAAGGAAGAAAAUGAGCUGUGCUCCAGGUGAAGUGAUGGGUCAGGAAGGCAGGAGAGACAGAUAACAUGGUAGUUCAUUUUAUGUGUCAGCUUGAUGGGGCCAUGGGGUGCCCAGAUAUUUGGUGUCUGUGAGGAUGUUUUCAGAUAAGAUUAAUAUUUGAGUUGGUGGGCUGAACAAAGCUGAGUGUCCUCCCUAAUGUGGGCAGGCCCCAUCCCAUCUGUUGAAGGCCUGAGGAGAAAGAAGCCUAAGAAGGAAUUCUUCCUCUGCUUGCCAGUCUUCGAGCUGGGACAUCAGUCUUCUGUACCUGGAUUGGAACUUACACCAUUAGUUGUCCUGAGCCCCCAGCCUGCAGACAGCAGAUUGUGUGAUCACUCAGCCUCCAUAAUUACGUGAGCCAGUUCCUUAAAAUGAAUUUCUUGAUAGAUGAAUAGAUAGAAUGAAUAGAUUUGGCUUCUCUGGAGAACUCUGGCUAAUACACGUAACCAAGUGGAGGACAAAAGAGAAGGUCCAAAGAAUGUCCUGAGGGUUCUGGCACGGCCGCAGCAGGAAAGAGGUCAGGUAAGGCUACCGAGUAGAAUCAGCAAGAAGCCUCUCCUUGGUAUCAGACCAGCACAGCAAAGUCUCCUUCAUGAGGACUUCUGGUGUCUAAUUCUCUGCGUCCUGAUUGCUGAGGGGGAUUUAUGUACAAAACCUAAGGGCUGUUACAUUUAUGAAUAUCCCAUUAUUUCCUGAGGCAGGAACCCACAGACCUCCGAGAAUGUGUUACCUGCACACAGUCUGACAUGGUGAAAUAUCAACUUGACACAUAGAGCUCAGAGGACACUUUGUUUUACACUGUUAGAGGGUGUACAGAUUUUGGUCCAGUCCAAACCGCUAUAUAUAGUGACAAGGCCGGGUAGAGGUGAACUUGGGCCAGAUGGAGCAGAGAAAGCUGAUUUGGUAUGCAAUGCACCUGCUGGGACAGGCUAGGCCCUCUAUGCUGGGAGACCCAUUUGCUAUGGCAGAGACAGGUGAACCCCAUCUAGGGCCCAGCAUGGAGGGCGUGUGUUGGUCGUAACCCUCCUGGGAGCUUCCUGGGAGCAAUCUGAAAUUGGCCCCUGUGCUCUGAGGGCAGAGAGAGACUGAAGAAAGAGGCAGUCAUUCCAGGAUGGUGGGUGGCAGCUUUAAUAAGCAAAGGGGACUUACGUAUGAGGCUUGUCUCAGGCAGCAGCAAGAUGAAUGGAUCCCUGUACCUGCUGGCCAUACCUGCAAAGUUUAUAAAGAGGCCUUCGCAGGGUCUAGUCACAUACACCAUGAAGGCGUUUUCAACGCCACGUCGCCAUCUCAAGGCUAUAUCCUUGUGAUACGGCCUCUGGGAGCAAGAAAGGCAAGUGGAAACCAUGUUCCAAGGACAGGGCCGAGGAGGUGAGGGGCCUCCAAGUGCCAGGGUCCGGCUCACGGGUCGGUUGGUGGCCACAUCUUUUUGAUGACCUUUCCCACCGGGGUGGGCCCACCGAUGAGUAGAGGGAGGAGGUCAUCUUCAGAGGUACAGGCAGGUGUUGGUGUUUGCAAAGUCUGGCACAGGGUGGGUAACGUGGCCUGACCUGGGUCCUGUGCUUGCAUGUAGAGAAGAACCUGACUCUAGAGGAGCCGGGGUACUGGGAAACUCACAAGGCCAGGACUGGAGUCCAGAAGAGCAUGGCAGAGAACCAGCCCCAAGAACUGGGUUGUGCCUCUCCUCUGGGCCCCCUCCACACCUGGGCCUACAGACCACAGUGUAAGUGUGGUUCUGCUGCUUCUGUCAGCCCCAUCAGUGAUGAGUUCCCAGGGGCCAGCACCACAUCUCAGUUUCUUCUGUGCCCCUGGUGCCUAGCAGAGUGCCUGACACACAGUGAGUGCUCAGCGAGCGUGUGAAGAAACAGGGAACUCGGUAUGGAAACCCCUGCGCAGUGAGUCAGUGCUUCUCGCUCGGACCCAGCCUGGCCCUGAGCCCGAAUAAGCACAGCCUGCCAGUGAGGUGUGGGGUUGCGACCCAGGUAGGCCCUGGAGUUCACUGUCCUCUGGAUGGGUUGCUGUGGCCCUGGUUUUUUGAGGUAGGGGAAGGAAGGGGAUUGCUUUGUUCUGAUCAAUAAUUAGAUAAAAAUAAGUGACCAUUCAUAUUUAGGGGACUCAGGAGAGAAGUGUGGCUUGCUUCAAUGUUUGAUUCCAUCCAAGUUGUCUUUCCGUGAGCCAUGAUUUUCACGCGACUGUUGCCGCCCAGAAGAAUAAUGUCACUUAACGCCUCCCGUCCUCUGUUGCCGCCCAGAGGAGUAAUGUCACCUAAUGCCUCCCUUCCUCAGCUUCAGGUAGGAGCUCAGGGCCCCAGAAGGUGCUUCUCAGAGUGUUCAUCAGUCACAUGGCCCAGGAACAUCCCCAGAGCCCUGUGGUGAGAAGAGCUGGGGCUGCAGACGGCCUACAGGAGGAAGGCGGGUGGGCUUGCAGAUGCUUCCCGAGCAGCUGAACAAAGAUUCUGGAAAAAGCAGUCCCUGAGAACCAACAUAAUAGCGUGACACGCCAUCUACCUCUUGUGAGUAAAAGGCCCGCCUAGGUGUCUUGAUGCUAUAAAAAGUGUCUGUCUGAUGUUUGUCUACCAAAAAAAGCCAAGCAGAAGUCUUCAUUAUAAAAAAGACCCAUGAAGGACUGGGUUUCACACCCCCUUUUCCCAUGGCCACUAAUUAAAAUUACCAACUUUGACAAUCUAUGGGAUGUCACCAAAUUGAAGUACUCGACAUUUCCACAGGAAACGCCCCUGUGGGUCACCACCCAGGAGUUACCACCACACGCAUGUGAGUUCCCAAAGAUCUGCAGUUAGCAGAAAUGUAUGACCAACUCUGUCAGUCAGGUUUAGUUGCAAAGAGAACCGACGUGAACUGGUUUAAUUGUUGGGAGGGUCAGCAAGAGCGUGAACACUCAGCUUCCAGGAGCAGAGUUGAGACCCACGUCACAGAACUGGCUCCUUCAGAGCCGUGCCUUGGCUCCACCCCCACAGCAGACGAGAUGCUUCAGCGUGGGCAUUUCCUCACUGGAGGACUGGGAGCUAGACAAAGGCUAGCUUCCUACCAGUGCCUUUUGCCAAAAGGAAAAAUCCACAGCCCUGCAUGGAGCGCACUCCUAUGACAAGAAAGGAAGGAGCACCUCAGUGAAACUGCCCAGUUCUUAGUCUUUAGAUGCGCUGAGGUUUCCCUCACACCUCGGCCACCCGUGAGAGUCCUGCAGGCUGGCUCUGCCUCCGCCAGGAGUGGUUCUCUCCCUUCUCCACGGUGGCUCUGAUAAUCUGCCUCUGGCUCCCCUGUUUGGAGACGGGAAGACUUCUCUAGCUCAUUGACCUCUCCGUGUGACUCUUGACUCUAGCAGCUUCCUUGCUUUGAUCACCACCUGUAGCUCCAGGUCAGAGAUCCCCAUUUUCUGGCCCAAGCCCUGGAACCCCUACCCAAGGAAGAAGAUUCACACCUUCUGGAGCAUUCUUCACAUGGACCCAGCUCUGACGUGCUAAUGACCCUGGGGACAAAAUGGGAAAGAGCAGAAUGUAAACCAGGUGUGAAAAAGGCAACAGCCAGGCCCCGCAGAAGGCCAACCAGGGUCCGAUGUCUCUAAGUAAAGGAGAACUUUGGUCCAAUUGGGGCUAUUGUCCAUGUCUGUUGGUGGGGCCCAGCAGUAGGUGUCCCCAUGCAGGAGUCAUGUGCAGGUGGCUUCAUGGGGCUAGACUGAGAGGGUCAUCUGCAGCAGGUUAUGGACUCUCAGCAAAGAGGACAACAGUGAGACUCAUCCUCCAGGGAAGGUGCUGGCAGAGAUGAGGCAACCUGCUUGGGCCCCAGUGCUGCUGAGAGGGCUUAGAACAGCAAGAGAAACUUCAGAGCAGACUCCUAUUCCAGUACCCGCAGGAGGGGAGGGAGAUUUGCAGAAUGGAUCCGGGAUCGACUGGAAUUAUUACACUGUAAGUCUUGGAUAAACGGGAUCAUUAUUACAACCUCUGUCUCAACAUCCUAGCCUGUUGGCUGUUCAGAUGAGAAGAGGUGAGCCCUUAACCUGAACUCCAGCUCUGCCAGCCCACAUUAGUUGGGAGACCCGGCUCCAGUGUCUCACGUAGUCUUCCCUUUUGAUCUCAUCAGGUUCUUCCCUUGCACAAAAAACAGAGGAACGUGAACUUAAGUUUUCUUACAAGGGGACUUGUCAGAAUGAAAUGGGAAGGAUGAGAUCUAUCAGGAAGGUGUGGCAGAGAUUGGCUACCUGCUCCUUACGCUUAUUUCCUCUUGGGGGAUACUCAGCCACGUGUCCCAGCCUCCUUUGCAGGUUCACCAAACGGGUUUCCUCAGCCCUUCCCGAACACACUGAUGACAACAGUGACGUAUCUGGGCGCAUGACUAGUGAAUGCUGUGAGGAGGCGCAAGCCUGGAGCCGUGGGUCAGUUGUUACCAUCUGUUCAAAUGAUGAUAAUUAUACAUGUAUAAUGUAUAAAGCGGCUUUACAGCGAGACCCUGGUUUCUUUUAGACCCAAUUUCCUGAUACACGGGCCACUGGGCUCCUGUGAAAUGCGUGGCCGGAAGGGGGCUCAUUUAGUGACCGCUCAGCCAAGAGAAGGAAGCUUUGCUGUAGGUCCAGGAGGAUCUGAAGCCAAAACAAAGAGGAGUCGGUGCCCGCUUCCUCAGGGCUGGUGAACGUUGAGAGGGAGUGUCAUCUUCCCUGUAGUCCCCUGCCCAAGCCUGUCGGGUCUUUGGAAACCUAGAAAGGGCAGAGAAAGGGCCCUCCUGCUCUGUGGCCAGCGGAUCUGCAAGGACUGAGUACGGGGGUCACAGGACCCUGACAUUCCAGCCUUCACUUACUAGCUGGGAAAGAGGCCUGGAAAGUUCAUCACUCCUCUCCCCAACUAAACAGAGUGAUAGACACUUUUUCCUUUGGCUGUGAUACAGUAAGAGUGACGACCAUCACCAGGUUGGAGGCCAUGAAGUAACCCCCUCAGAAAUGCAUCGGAAAUACUGCCGCGGCUCCCGGGAAGGUUCUAGAGCUCACAGCCUCUGCGAGGGACAGAAUGGGGGUGGGGGGGGGGGUGGGGUGCUGCAGGCACAUCUCCCCGUGCAGUUUCCAUCCCUUCCUGUACUCCUGGGCUGGCUGGCCUCAGAAUUUCCAUGUUGGCCUUUCUGAUAGCAUCUAGGAGUUGAAACAAGAGGGAAGGAGGUAAAAUGCCCACGAAUUCCAAGGAAAGCGAAAUUAGGCUUGCCAGCUGGAUUCUGAAUGAUUUUAGGUCCCACAGGAGGCCACGAUCCUCUGACUCUUUAGACACAUAUUAUAACCCCCUUCAGAAUGGCCUCCGUAUCCUCCCCACCCCAGGAGUCUUCUCAGCACUGUCCACAUUUUGCUUCUUGCUCCAAACGUCUUCCAGGAUGACAGAAGAGACUGUGUGGUGCAAGGCAGAGAGAGGACUGGGCCAUCCGUGUGGUCAGGCCAGGGUGUCAGAAGCCAUCCUUCAAAGAUCAGCACCCCCUCAGCCCCCCAGCAUAGAGGACCCCAGGUUGGUACAGUACAUGCACCUUGAACAAGAGGGACUUCAAGGCAUCUCAACCCAAGGCAGCUUCAGACCCAAGGAAGGGUCUGUCCAUGUGGGGAAAGUACGACAGACCUUGUGCACAGUCUCGGAGGAGAGCUAGAUGUUCGGGGCCGACGCUUCCUGGUCGGUAAGUCCUGCUUAGGGAGGAGACAGAAUCCUUGCUUCUGGUGAGGCAUGCCUUCCGCUAAGGCCAUAACAGGCCAGGUCCUCCCAGAGGGCGAUUUUGCAGGUGACCCCCUUCCCCCUUGCCGGAGGGAAACCUCAUGGCUUUGGAACCCGACCUGUCCCUCGGCUCAGUGGCUGAGGCACCCGAGGCUCAAAGCUGUAGUGAUACUCCGGGCCAGGAUGUGGGACCGGGGCAUUGUGACCUCAGCAGUUCUGCACACAGAGAGGCAGUCAUCCUCCCUCACCUUGGCCUGUAAUCUGCACGGGACAGUGGCCUGGUCACAGGGGCCCGUGGUGGGGAGGUUGGGAAGUUAACACUCUGGCCUCCGCCAUCAUGUCGGCCAAGAGGGCAGAACUGAAGAAAUCAAACCUGAGCAAGAACUACAAGGCAAUGUGCCUGGAACUGAAGCCCGAGCCGACCAAAACGUAUGACUAUAAGGGAAUUAAACAAGAAGGGCUGUUUACCAAACCAGGAAGGACACAGGAGCUAAGGACUGAACUCAGGGAGGUGAAGGAAGAGCUCAAGGAAAAAAUGGAUGAGAUCAAACAGAUAAAGGGCAUAAUGGACAAGGAUUUUGAUAAACUCCAGGAAUUCGUGGAGAUUAUGAAGGAAAUGCAGAAGGAUAUGGAUGAGAAGAUGGAUGUUUUAAUAAAUAUGCACAAGAGCAGCAAUCCCCUUAGAAGAGGUCCAAAGGAGCAGCAGGAGUUCAGGCUGACGGCAAAGACGGACACAGACCCACAGCUCCGGCUCAAGAAAGUGGAUGGAGCCGAUGGCAUGCCACUCACUCUCCACGAGAAGAUGAUGGCACUUCAGAAACCAAAAAAGGACCCACUGGAUUCCCUUCAUCAAGGCAGGACCUGCUGCGAAAGAUGUUUGUUGUGUGCCCAGAAGAACAACUACAGUCAGGGCAGAAAACUUCCAUGCCAUUCCUGGGCACCCUUUUCAUCCUUGGCAUCUGGAGCUGCUUUCUGAUUUAUCUGUGCUUCAAGCCCUAUGCGGGGGAAGGUGUGCUUCCAACCUAGAGCCACCACAGAGCCCACCGGCAGCCCCGGCCCUUCCUCUCCACUCCCUGAGCUGCACGAUGAGGGCGUGGGGCCCUCUGACACGCCACCCCACCCCAGACCUCCUCCCACCUGGAGAUUAAAACCCUCACUUUAAAGCCAAA